GGGCAUCCACAGUUUCCCACCCAUCCACCGGCUCGCGGCCUCCACGUCAAACUGCCCAGGCGCACCGCGGGCGCGCACGACCCAGCGGCGCCGCUCCCUGCCGCCGCCGUGCCGUGGUCCAGGCGGACACGCCACGCGCAAAGAUUCCAGUGCACGGGGUGCCAACGGCAGGGGUGCACGCCUCCCCACGACGCCGCGCGCCGGCCUCUCUCUCUGGUCACGCCAAACCAAAGGCCGGUGCGCCACACGCGGUGAAACGUGCCGCGCCGCUCUCUCGUCUCUCGUGUCGUCCCACCCAAGCCCUCACCCAACUCCGGCCAGUCCUUUUAAGUACCACCCAUCUCUCUCUCUCUGUCCUCGCCCACAAGGACAAGCAUUACUGCGCACACUCGCCAUCUCGCCACGUGAGAGGAGAAGCCCAGGGCGCAAGUGUUUGAGCGGAUCGGGAAAGGAGCCAGCGCGAUGGCCGGCGGCGCGGACGCGGACGGGGAGCGGAGGAUCGGGGUGGCGAUGGACUACUCGGCGAGCAGCAAGCGGGCGCUGGAGUGGGCCGUCAAGAACCUGCUCCGCCGGGGCGACACCGUCGUCGUCCUCCACGUCCUGCGCCACGGCGGGGAGGAGGCCAAGCACGCCGUCUGGGCCAAGUCCGGAUCCCCGCUGAUCCCCCUGUCGGAGUUCCGGGAGCCGGAGGUGAUGAAGAACUACGGCGUCACCUGCGACGCCGAGGUGCUCGACAUGCUCGACACCGCCGCGCGCCAGCUCGAGCUCAAGGUGGUGGCGAAGCUGUACUGGGGCGACGCCAGGGAGAAGCUCUGCGAUGCGGUGGAGGAGCAGAAGAUCGACACCAUCGUCAUGGGCAGCCGCGGCCUCGGUCUCAUCCAGAGGAUUCUUCUAGGAAGUGUGACCAACUACGUGUUGUCGAACGCGUCGUGCCCUGUGACAGUCGUGAAGGGAGACUGCUAGGUUUGUGAUCGGUGUUAAUCAGGCAGGAUGCACAUCAUGGUUUUCUGCCCUGUUACUGUAUCCGAAUAAAUUAUGGUGGCUAUUGUGUUUUCUAUAUGCCGGAGCUUUGACGAAUUCAUGUGGUCAUGUUUAUCUCUGAACAUUCGGAUUCAAAUUCAGUAAAGUGUUAUGUGCCCAA